GGUAAUUUCCCACCCCUGCUGCCAUCAGCAGCUGGCUGGCUUUCUUUUCUUUUUUUUUUUUAAAUAUAACUAGCUGAUAAACCAACAGCAUCUCUCUGCAAAGGCUGAGGCCCUUGUGGGGAUACCUCCUCCUUCCUUUCCCCCUCCCCCAGAUCACUAAGCAAUUUGUUUCUAACGGAAACUUUUUUUAAAAACUCUUUUCCUUUGACUAUUGACUUCGUGCCCAAAGCCACCUAAAGGAGCUCCUGUAGAUCAGAGACUAGAGGACUUUGUAUGUGUAUAUGGAGAGCUAAUCUAGGAGCUCAGAGACCUGGGUUCCAGGACCUGUUUACCUGACUGAUUACUCCCCUGGCCUCUGCCUCAGUGACUCAAAUUUUCCACAGUACUUUAUCUGACUCCUCUUUGCCCCUGCCUCAUUCUGCCUUGUGUCAAUUAUUUGUAUACGGGUUCUAUUCCUUGUUAGACUGUGAGCUCCCUAAGGACAGGGGUUAUAUCUUUUCAUCUUUGUAUUCCCAACAUAUUUUAUUUUUUAUAAAACAGAUCUGUGACUUCCUUAGUAUUGGGAUUUCCCAGUGAGAAAACUUCUGUUAAUGUAAACUUGUAUUUGUUCUGUCACUUAAAAUCUUAAGUCUGGUACACUGAAAGUUAAAUAAUGUGCCCAAAGUUGAUCACACUCCUUAUAUGUCAGAAGUGGGAUCCAGGCCUUCCUAAGUAAACUAAUCUCUAUCCAUUCCUCUAGACAACUAACUUAACACAUUUGUUUAUUGGUUUUCAGUUGUGUCCCACUCUUCAUGACCCCAUUUAGCUAAGAAACUGGAGUGGUUUGCCAUUUCCUUCUCCAGUUCACUUUAUAGAUGAGGAAACUGAGGCAAAUAGCAAUUAAGUGUCCUGGUCAGGGUCAUACAGUUUAGAAGCCUCCGAGGGCAGAUUUGAACUCAGGAAGAUUAGUCUUCCUUACUCAAAGUCUAGCACUUUUUCCACUGCUGAAGAAAUUGAAGUUCAGAGUGGGGAAGUCAAUUCAUAGGACAUUGAUUUAGAGCUGGAAGGAAUUUUAGAGGUCAUCUAGUUCAGUCCCAUUCCCCCCAUUUUACCUCAAGAAAACUUGAGGUCCAAAAAAGAAGUUAAGUGACUUGCCUAGGGCCACAUAGCUAGUGCCUUUAGUGAGAUUCCAAGCUUGCUGCCUGACUCAAGGGCCUCAUCAUGCUUUAACUUGUAUGAAGGUAUAUAUAAGGUUAAAAAAAAAUUAAGUAUUCCCCUGCUGUGUCAGGGAGGUAGAAGGAGAGAGAGAAAUAGAGACAGAGAGCACCCACUGAAAAAUGAAAAAUAUUCUAGCCUCUGAUAUUUCCUUGCUUUUGGGAUCCUGGGGCAAGUCACCUAACUCCAAAUGCCUUUGCCCUUGGGUCUUAGAAUUGUUACUAAGACAAAGUAAGGGUUUAUAAAAACAAUAAUUUUUAAAAAUUGUAUUGACAUGUAAAAAACUUAAAUCUUCCCUCUAUUGCAAAAUCAAUUAUUCUCCCUUCCCUUGUCCUUUUUGACAAUUGUAUGGUGAAACUUUUUGUGGCAUUAUUUAAUUAUUUCUAAAUAAAUCCCACCUCUUAAAAGAAUGGAGAGAAAAGGAAUGGCUCUUUUGGGGGUAGAAGGGCUGGGAAACUCUGGCCUUAACCUUCUCCUUCUUAAAAAUGGGGAUAAUGAUAAUUACAACAUGUUUUAGGAAGCAGGUCUUCCUGAGAAUGAGGCUGUAGAAUGCCUUGAUGCCUUUGCAGUAAGGGAAGGGUGAGCCUGAGGGAAUGUGGCAUCAGCACGGGAACUGGGAGAGCUAGGGAAGGUUUUGUAAAAAGAGGUAGAACAGUGUUAUCUAGGUGGAUGGGCCUGGGUUCAAAUAUGACCUCAGAUACUUUAGCUGUGACCCUGGGCAAGUCACUUUUGCCUAGACCUUUCUGGUCUUCUGUCUUAGAGUUGCUAAGGCACAAGGUAAGGGUUCAAAAAAGGGAAAGGAAAGAAGGAAGAAAAAGAGGUUGAACAAAUUGGUCUGGGUCUCUUAUCUUAUAACUGGAAGAUGUGUGCCCUCUCCAAGCCCUCACUGUGGUCCAACUCCACCCUAUCGGCUGUUUGCUGGGCCAGGAGUUUCCCUGUCAAAUCACAGGGAUGAGGGAGGCUACCUUUAUAUGCCUUUUAAAAUCAACAAUAAAACCCUCUAUGUCCUGGCUGUAAAGUUCCACCUCCUCUCCCUGAUCUGCCCUCUUUCAGGUUUAACUGAACCUCCCACAAUUUUCCCCUUUCCUCCUGAGAAACUUCUCUCUUCUUCUUUCAAAGAAGGUUUGAAAAAUCUUGGAAAAUUUGAGGUUUUUUGCAUCUCUCUGCCCUCUUUCCAGCUGGACCUCCUCCCCACUGGCUGAGUGACCUAGAGGAGCCAAUGAAAGGUUUUCUCUGUUCCAGGCUUUGCCUGCUUCAGGCUAGGAUUAACCCUUCUGUUCCUGGGGGAGUCCUGGAACCCUGGGACCUCACAUAGCUGGUCCUUCUGGUCUGUGGUCAAAAGUGCUCGCUGGUAGAAAGUGAGAGAAGACCCUCCCAACCACCUCUUCUCUCCUAAUAUUCCUGGAAUCAUAAAUCUCUGAAGUCCCUUUUGGCUUGGUUUUGAUGCUGGUAUCCCCUUUUAAAAUCUCCUAAAUAAUUCAUUUUGUGGGGUUUGGGGGAUUUUUUGUAUGUUUAGGUAGGACUGUGUAAAUUUUGUUAAAACCCUGGCUUCCCUAGCCUUAACAUGUCACAAAGGAGCUCUUAGUGUCUUCGGGAGGUGGGGGAGACAAGUCUUACUUUGUUGGAGAGUUAAGGUAGCUCCCUUUCCCAAUGUCUUAGGAUUCUGUUGACUCCCUUGAAUCUUUAGGCUUCUUACUAUUAACUACUCCUGAGAGUUACAUACAAAGGGGGGGAAAUAAAAUUCUUUAUUUAAAUAUUUUAUUGAUAACUUUUUUAAAAAAGAAAACACAUCCUAAUGAAUGACUCUUGUCUUCCCUCCUAGUCUUGCUUUGUUGGGGAUUUAAGAGAUCUUUUAUUUGUCAGGGGGAAAGGACUUAGUUGUACAAAAAUAUUCAGAGAAGUCCUUUUUGUAGCAACAAAGAAUUGGAAAGUGAGAGGACAUCCAUCUGGGGAAUGGCUGAGAAAAUUUUGGUAUAUGGUGGUAAUAGAAUACUAUUGUGUCAUAAGAAAUGAUUAACAGGAUGACUUCAGAAUAAAGCAUGCCAUUUUUUACCUUGUUUCCUUUUUGAGUUUUUUUUUUCCUUGUAUUGUGAUAUGUGUCUCCUUUCAAGGCAUGAGGAAUAUGGAAAUAUGGUAUUACAUGACAAUACUACUAUAACCUAUAUCAGAUUAUUUAUCUCCUUGGAGAAGGAGAAAGGGAAAGGAUAAGGAAAGGAGGGAUGGAGAAAAUCUGAAUUGAGAAAUGUCAGUUAACUGUUGUCAAAAAUUAUUUCUACAUGUAAUUAGGAAAAAGUAAUAAAAAAAGAUAUCUUUUCUCUGGGUAUGAGAAGGAACUAAUGUCAUGAUCAAGGAUGGUUACAGAUUUAUCUUUCCCAUUGACUUCACUGACUCUUGGCCUCACUAACCAUGAGAGUUACAUACAAAAGGAAAAAAUAAAAUAAAAAAAUAAUUCUUCAUUUGAAUGUUUUAUUGAUGUCCUUAAAAAAAAACCAACUUCUAAUGAAUGGCUGUCUUCUUUCCAAGAGUUUUGUCUUAUAACAAAUACAGUUAAAUAAAGCACAUCAACUACCUCUGAAAAUGUAUCCUUUAUUCCACACCUAGGACAACUGGGUGGCUCAGUGGAUAAAGCACCUGACCUGGAGUCAGGAAGACCUGAGUUCAAAUUCAGUUUCAGACUAAAUUGCUUCACAUUUGGUACACUGUGAGGGUAAUUGGAGGCAACAUCUGUUAUUGUGUCUUCUCCCCAAAUUACAUUGUAAUCAUUCUGUCCACACUUAUUAAAUGUAUAUAAAUGAAUGAAAAAAGCAUUUAGGAGCAGCUAGAUCAGUGAUGGGCAACCUUUUGAGCAUAGUGUGUCAAAAUUCGCCAAAAAACCGAGCAUAACUCGGGUGGUGUGUCACUUCAAGAACUGCCCCCCCCCCAUCCUUCUCAGCAUUUGGCCCCAUACUUCUCUGUAUGCCGCUGCAUGUCAUUGAAAAAUGGCUACGCAUGUCAGUGCUGACACACAUGUCAUAGGUUCACCAUCAUGGAACUAGAUAGUAGAGUGAAAAGAUCGCCCUGUUUUGGGGUCUGGAAGACCUGGGUUCAAAUCCAAUCUCAGACACUUUUUAGCUGUGCGAGCCUGGGCAAGUCACUUAAUCAGUCUGCCCCAAUUUCCUCAUUUGUGAAAGAGGCAUAAUAACAGCAUCUGCCUCUGUGAAGAUCAAGUGAGAUAAUCAUUGUAAAGUGCUUAGCAUAGUGCCUGGCACAGAAUAAGUGCUAUUUAGGUGUUAGCCAUUACUACUCUUGAGCCAAAACUAUUAUGCUAAGAAUUGUAUUGGGGAUAAGAAGGAAAAAAUUGAGACAGGGCCAACUCAGAAGGAUCUCACAUUCUAAUUGGGAAAGACAACAUACCAAAUAAAAUCCAGCUAGCUGUAGGGCAGAUGGAAAGACAAAGUUUUUAGUUUGUUGUUGUUCAGUUGUUUUAAUCAUGUCUGACUUUUCCUCACUCAGUUUGGGGUUUUCUCGGCAAAGAUAAUGGAGUGGUUGGCUAUUUCCUUCUCCAUCUCAUUUUACCAAUGAGGAAACUGAGCCAAAACAGAGUGAAGUGAUAGUGCCCAAGGUCACACAGUAAGUAGACUAUAUUUGAACUCAGGACUUUUCCUGACUCCAGACCUAGGGCUGUAUCCAUUAUGCCAGCUAGCUGCCCAAGUUUUUAGGUUACACAGACAUUUAAAGGACUAAAGGUGAAGAAGACUUGGAGGAAGAUGGUGUGGCUUAGAGGAUAUUAGGAGGCAGAGACAGGAUUGAAGGUAAGGCCUAGCAACUCUCCAUAUUUUCAGAAGAGAAGUUAUUGAUCUCAACCAAGCUCUGGGAGCAGUCUAGCAGUCCUGGGGUAAAGGGGAAGGGUUGUCUCCCUCCUUGCAAAGUAAGCUUCUUGAAAGGUUCUUUCCUUUUGUCUUAAUUCCCUUUUGUCUUAAUUCGAUAUGUAUGCUUAACCAUGUAUGCCUAACUCAGUGUUUCACAAAUAAAUAAUAGGCACUUAAUAAGAUGCUCGUUGAUUGAUUUCUGUACAGCCCUACCUUCAGGGAAAUUCCCACAUCAAACUGUGACUGGUAGACAAUUAUAUACUGCCUCAAAAUUCAAUUAUUUCAUCCAUGUCGUUAGGAGUAAAAAUUUAGAGCAGGAAGAUACCCUCAAAAUCUUUUCUUCCUUUCAUAGGAGGAGGUUGGGGAGUAAAUUUAGGAAAAUAAUAAACCCAAGGCCACAUGGUACUCCGAAGUCCAGCUGAACUUGAAUAUGUGUCUUCCUGGCUUCAGACUGAGGGUUCCUUCCAAUCUGUCAUGCUUGCAGGUUGUAUCUGAUGCUGCUGGGCAGGGUGUGGCUAUCACAGGGAACCAGACCUUCAAUAAUUGGAACUGGCCAAAUGCUGUCAUCUUUGCUGCCACAGUCAUCACCACCAUUGGUUACGGAAAUGUAGCCCCCAAGACACCUGCCGGACGCCUUUUCUGCAUUUUCUAUGGCCUCUUUGGGGUUCCCCUCUGCUUGACCUGGAUCAGUGCCCUGGGGAAGUUCUUCGGGGGACGAGCUAAAAGACUGGGGCAGUUCCUCACCAAGAGGGGUGUGAGCCUGAGGAAGGCUCAGAUAACUUGCACAGCCAUCUUCAUCAUUUGGGGGGUGCUAGUGCACCUAGUGAUCCCUCCCUUUGUGUUCAUGGUGACUGAGGAGUGGAACUACAUUGAAGGCCUCUACUAUUCCUUCAUUACCAUCUCCACCAUUGGCUUUGGAGACUUUGUAGCGGGGGUCAAUCCUGAUGCCAACUACCAUGCCCUCUAUCGCUACUUUGUGGAGCUGUGGAUUUACUUAGGGCUAGCCUGGCUAUCCCUGUUUGUGAACUGGAAGGUGAGCAUGUUUGUGGAAGUCCACAAAGCCAUCAAGAAACGUCGGCGGAGAAGGAAGGAGUCCUUUGAAAGCUCCCCCCACUCCAAGAAGAGCCUACAGAUGGCAGCCAGUGGGGGUGCCAAGGACAUCAAUAUUUUCAGUUUCUUGUCCAAGAAGGAGGAGACCUACAAUGACCUGAUUAAGCAGAUUGGAAAGAAGGGCCUGAAGACGAGUGGGGGAGGUGGAGAGAGAGCAGUGGGACCUGAGAGUGGAAGGGCUGCCCUCCCACCUGCCCCUGUGGGCCCACUGGCGAUCUAUACCAAAACCCGUGUGCCCAGCUACGAGGAGGUAUCGCAGACACUGAGACUGAAAGGCCACGUGUCCAGGUCUCAGAGUGGGGAAGCUGGGGAGGGACCCCUAGGUGACAACACCAAUGCUACCACGACGGUAUUUGUCAACCAGCUGGACCGGAUCAGCGAGGAGGAGAGCGAAGCAUGGGAUGCCCGGGACUGCCGCCCACUCAUCUUCGAGAAUGCCAACAUCACCUUUGUGAAUGAGGAAGGGGGCCUCUCCGAUGAGGACACUUCUAAGUCAUCUCUGGAUGACAAUUUAGCUGGGGAGGAAGGGGAAGAACAGGGAGAAGGGGAGGAGGCUGAGGCAGAAAUGCCCCUGAACCUGGGGGAAUUCCCAUCCUCGGAUGACUCCACUUUUACCAGCACAGAAUCUGAGCUCUCUGUGCCUUAUGAACAGCUGAUGAACGAAUAUAAUAAAGCCAACAGCCCGAGAGGCACGUGAGACCCCUCUCUCUGCCCCUCACCCUAUCCCAGAAAUCCUACGGCCUCUUCCUUCCCCUCCCCUCCGGGGGGGGGGGGGGGAUCCUGUGAUGGCUGAGAUUCCUGGACCUUUUUGAACCCGGAGAGAAAAGGGAACCUUAGUUCUCCCAGCCCCUCUGGCCAGAUACCACUAACCACGCAUACUCCCUGCGCUGCCUGCCAACUUCACAAUUGACUGUGUCUUUUUCAUAUGCCCAGUGGUGAGAUGGCCAAAAGAAUCAAUCAUGAAGUUGGGAAGAGAUUCGGUUCCUGAAAGCCGGUUUUUGUUUUUGUACUUUUUUACUACAUUUGUAAUUUUGGUGGGGUACAAAGGAUACUGGAGCCAGACAAGGUCAAUGGAUGGUCAAACCUACAAAAAAGCAUCAAGUUUUGGGGUGUCUGAAAGAGCUCCAAUCCUGGGAGGAUCCAUAUAGAGAAAGCUCAAUUUAGCAGGUAUUGACUGAAAGUUUAUGUUGCCCAGCAACAGGACUGUGAGUCUGAAAAGCAGUGCACUGGAGACCGUCUGUCCUUUUUCUCAAAAUGAUUUAAAGUCAACUUGGGGAUCCCAGGUGAACACACAUGAGACAGUUAAUGGGAUAGGGCAGUAUGUGAGCAAAAGGCAUGUGUGUGUUGGGGGGGGAAAGUAUAAAAGGAUGCUAGGGAAACGGACCUUAUAUUUGUUCCAAGCUGCUUCUUCCCAAGCUCCUCUUUACCACCACCUACCACCAUACCCACGAAGGGAUUCUUAAUUUUUUUAACUUUUUUUGUUUGUCAUGGAUCCCUUGGGCAGUCUGGUAAAAAUUGUAGACCUGUUCUCAGAUUUAUCUGUUUGUUUUUUUUUUCUUUUAAUCCCAUACCCUCUGUUUUAGAAUUGAUACUAUGUAUCAGUUCCAAGACAGAAGAGGCACAAGGGCUAGGCAAUUGGGGUUUGGCAUCUUGUCCAAGGUCCCACAGCUAGAAAAUGUCUGAGGUUAGAUUGAAGCCCAAGACUUCCCAUCUCCAGGCCUGACACUAUCCCCUGAGGCACCUACCUGCCCCUCAGAAUUACCUUAUAAAAUACAGGUAUCCCUUCCACAUUGUUGGGGACUAGGGGCAUAGUACCCCCAUGGUCUCGAAUAUCCACGUAAAAAUCUUUAUCCUCUUUACAUACCAGAGAAGUCUGAAUUUUUUCUUUUUUCUUUUAUGGGGUAUUGAUAAUACUACCUUAUUGUGAUAUUUGGACUAAGUAGUUGGUCAUAGGCUAUAUAAUUUCUAAACUUUUUCUUUGUUGUCUACAGGCCUUCAUAUGUCAUCCUGUGGCUUCCACAAAAUUCCCCAAAUUCCCAUUAAUUUCUUAUGCCAACUUGCCAUAUAUCAAAACCAUGGGGAUGAUGUCUCCAUGUGGAAAGGAUACCUGUGCAUGGGAUUAUAAUAGAAGCCAAUUCGACUAUUGAAAUAGCUAUAUAUAUUUGGGGUUUUUUAAGUUCACAGACUCCAGGUUAAAAACCCCCACUCUAAUGAGACAAGGGCUGUUAAGGGUUUGAAGAAGGCGAAGGUUGAAUGUGUAAUACAGAUCCCAAACUGAAACACUCCCAGUGGUGUCCACAUUUUAUAAAGACAGUUCAAGCCAAGCCUUCCCCAAAGGAGAACUUUGUGGAGUUGCUGACAAUGGGGGUGGGGGUCUAGGGUGUCCCCACAGUUUGCCUUGUUCUGGAUUACCCUUGCAAGGAGAAACAGAAGGAACAAUGAGAGAGCAGUGUGGAGUAUUGGGACAUAGACUGAAUCUGGAGUCCAGGAGAUGUGCUUUUGCCACUUAAUACCUAGAUGAUGGGCAAAUCAUUUCCCUUCCAGCCUCAUUUCUUUACCUGCAUUAAGGUGGCACUGUCCAAGAUUCCCUUCCAGCUCCAUGAUCCUAUUAGUUCCCCUCAUCUUCUCCCAACCCCACCACCCUCCACCCUUGGAAACAAUGAUUAGGAGAGGGAUAGGUCUGUGUAUCUGCUUGGCAUCUUGCCCCCUCCAUCCCUCACACACGGGUCCUUCUCAUGGGCUAAGAGAGGUUAUGCCCUACCCUUAAGGACUUGAAUGUGGGCUUCAGGGGAUAUGGAGGAUUAGGACCCAUGUCAGGUAGCUCUUUUUGUUUGGAAGGUCUGAACUCGACUAGCUUGAGGUUUCUGGGACGGUUGGAUAGCACAAUGGACAGAAUGUCAAACCUGGAGUCAGGAAGACUCAUCUCAUUCAAAUCUGGUUUCAGACAUGUAUUAAGCUGUGUGACCCUGCACAAGUCACUUAACCUCAGUUAUUUAUCUGAAAAAAAUGAGCUGGAGAAGGAAAUGGCAAAACCACUUCAGUAUUUUUGCCAAGAAAACCCCAAAUGGAGUGAAAUGACUGAACAACAAAGCUUGAGGUUUCUAGUAGAAGGGGAAGACCUUGGAUCAUAACUUUAGCUCUUUGUACCUGAAGACUUUCCCUUUCCUUCAGCUACCCCAGAAACAAGUCAAUGAUUACUUAAUUGUGGGACCAGGAGACAGAUGAGCUAGAUAAGCCAAAACUCUUUGGGAAUGGUUGAGGGAAGAGGGAUUCCACCCAUCCAGUUUCCGUGGAUUAAUAUAUAAAGUCUCUAGAUAACAAAAUACACUCCAUGUGCCCCCUGAAACUUAACUAUCCCCAAGGGAAUGUUACCACACAUUUCCUCAUCUUCUCCCCUUUAUCCCCUGUCUCUGAGAUGUCUAACUCAUUAAAACUGGCUUCCUUCAGGCCUUACCUAGAGCAAAGAGUUUGGUGAUCUUCCACAUCAUGCCUUACCUGCAUUUGAUGAAAUGGGGAAGUAGGUCAAUGAACACUGCUCAAGUCUCCUGGCCCCCUCUGCCUACCACAUCUCCCAAUCAACAGUUUCCAUCGAUCUUAGAUCUUCCAUAGAAUCUUGGGAAAUAGUAAGGUAUAUAUAUGCAUAGGCCUGGGAAGGGUGUGCUGGGUAAGUGCUUCCUACAACCUAACCUCUAGAAUCCCCAGCUGCUGUUUUUGUUUUGAUUUUUUUAGGGAAAAUGGGGGAACCUGGCCAGAAUAUAAAAUUGUUCAGGAAAUUAUUCCCCCUUUUGCUUUGGGAUGGAAAGAAGGGGGCAAGACACUUUCUGUGCAAUGUCUCCCUGGGGCAGUCCUGUUCUGCUCUCUGUGGAUAGUUUUUAGUUUAUUUUUUUUUAUUAGUAUUUUUAAAAGGGUGGUUUUUUUGUUUUUUCAGUUUUAAAAAAUGUAUAUAUAGGUGGAGUCUGUGGUUGGCUACUGAUGGCAUCUUAAAUCCAUAUCCCAAAAGUAAGGGGUCUGGGGAAAUGUUUGGGUUGCCCGGAGAACCCAUCUGAUAAAUCAGUGAGUCUUAAGCCAUCUUAGAUGGAAAGCACUGAAUAGACCACUCCCUCCCUCCUUCUUUCCCCAUGGCUCAGGGCUUUAGCCAGUAUCGUGUGUUAGGGGAUUGAGUGGUACAUAGAGCACUUUUAUAGAGCCAUCUCUGCCACCUCAGUUUUAUCUUCCUCCCCCUGGUUAAUUGCCAGGUAACCUUUAGCUCUUAACUCCAUUUGAAACUGUGUUGAUGAUUGUCUCAGCUGAACCCAUUGCUACAAAGCUGCUGAUUGCUCCUAGGGGUAGGAAAAGUAUCCAUUGCAGGCAACUGGAUGAUGCAAGAGAGACCUAAUUUCCCACAGCUCACCAGCAGAUGCUAAGACCCAGGGGGGCUUGGAUUGAACACUGAGAGUGUCCUUCUGUGGUGGGAGGCAGCAUUUUGUAGUGGAAAAGUGGAUUGGAGAAUCUGAAGAUGUGGGUUUAAUCCCAGCCCUCAACACAUAACUCUUCUGUGUGAUCCUGGGCAAGUCACUUGUACUGUGCAGCUCAAGUGUAUUCAUCUAUAAAAUGGGGUUAUUAAUAGUUGCACUACCUAUCUCACAGGGUUGUUGUGAGGAAUGUGAUUUUUGUAAACCUGAAAGUACCAUAGAAAUGUGAACCAUCAUGGGGGUGAAUGGCCAGAAGCUCCCUGUUCUGUGGAGUCUGGCAUGCCACCCCCACACCUACCUGCACCUCACUCCAAGUGUUUGAGGUGGAUGGGAAGGAAUGUCCUCAUCUUUUCAUAUGAUUGAUAUUCAUGACAUUUUCUUCAUUUGAUGAUCCCACCUUGCCUAUCACUGACUGUCUUGGAAUCAAACACACUGUAUGUAAAUAUUGGCAAAGUCAAUGUCAAGUGUAAUUUAUUUUAACAUUUUUUCAAUAAAAAAUGAGAUGGAUAGUUAA